AUGGCUUUCCGUUGCGAUACUUGCAAGAAGGCUUUCCGCAACCGCGGACCAUGCGAACAGCACAUGGCCACCCUGGGACAUAAACUUCCGCAAAUCAAAUGCCAAGGCUGCAUUAGUAUGUUCAAUAGCCAGGAGAAUGUUGAGGCACACAUGGAUGAACGCAAUCACUGGCUUUGGACCUGCAAGGAGUGCGGAGAACACUUUGACACCUCUCUCUACCUGGAAAUGCAUCUGGCGUCCAAUGUGCACCGCCCCCAUCACCAUGAGUGCCCUUUCUGCUUUGAAAGCUUCGUCACUCCUUCGGCCGUUGUGCACCACCUUGAGAGCACUUGCUGUGAGGUUGCCGACUGGUUGGACAUCAAGCAUCUGUUUGGGCUCAUCAAGGAUCUCGACCCAGACAACCUCCUCACCAUUCGUGGUGCUGCCCCUAAGGAGAAAGAGAAGAACCCGCCAAUCCGCUUCAACGGCAAGCGAUUCCAAUGUCACCGCUGUGACAGAUCCUUCAUGCGCCAGGCCGGUCUUGAGGCCCAUCACGAAUCGCCAUUCCAUGAUGAGCGGCUCUAUCACUGUUUGAACUGCACGGAGAACUGCGGAAAAGAAUUCGUCUCACUUGCCGCUCUGUUCAACCAUCUUGAGAGUGAAUCCUGUGGCAUCAUGUGGUUUGAGGAUCUUGAGCAUCUCCACAAUCAGCUCAAGCGCGCAAUCCUCUGCAAGCACAUCAUCACUCCCGCAACACUUGCCGUCUAA